AUGCAUUACAACUUUUCCGGUUGGCUGUUGCGUUGGUGUCCGUCCGUCGACUGUACGUAUGCAAUCAAAGUGUCGUAUGGCGAUUCCCGUCCGGUGAGUUGCAAAUGUGGGCACGUCUUUUGCUUUGCAUGCGGCGAGAAUUGGCAUGAUCCGGUCAAGUGUUGUUGGCUGAAAAAGUGGAUUAAGAAGUGCGAUGAUGAUUCUGAGACAUCCAAUUGGAUUGCGGCCAACACCAAAGAGUGUCCUAAAUGUAAUGUGACAAUUGAAAAGGAUGGCGGCUGCAAUCACAUGGUGUGCAAGAAUCAAAACUGCAAACACGAUUUCUGUUGGGUGUGCUUGGGGUCGUGGGAACCACACGGUUCGUCAUGGUACAAUUGCAAUCGGUAUGAUGAGGAUGAGGCAAAAGCGGCGCGUGAUGCGCAAGAGAAGUUGCGCUCCUCGUUGGCAAGGUACUUGCACUACUACAAUCGCUAUAUGAAUCACAUGCAGUCGUUGAAAUUUGAGAAUAAACUCUAUGCGGCGGUCAAACAUAAAAUGGAGGAGAUGCAGCAACACAAUAUGUCUUGGAUCGAAGUGCAAUUCUUGAAAAAGGCUGUAGACAUACUCUGCCAGUGCCGCCAAACACUUAUGUACACUUACGUGUUUGCCUACUAUCUGAAGAAGAAUAAUCAGUCAAUGAUCUUUGAGGAUAAUCAAAAGGAUUUGGAAUCGGCAACAGAGAAAUUGUCCGAGUACUUGGAACGUGAUAUAACGUCGGAGAACUUGGCUGAUAUUAAACAAAAAGUGCAGGAUAAAUAUAGGUGAGUAGAGGAAUAAGACUCAAGUUUGACGGCGCAAAACAGUUAACAGAUAAACCAUUUGAUAACCGAAAAAUGCAUC